AUGGAGACCGAUACCUCGACGAAGUCAGCUGGGGACGAAGUGAAUGAUAAUCAGCUCGAGGGCACGGAAUCCAAGGCGGAACCCAAGACUGUAGAGUUGAAAGUUGGAGGAACCAUGUUUACAGUGUCCAAGGCCCUCAUUGAGCAGUAUCCAGACACAAUGUUGGCCCGGAUGAUCUCUGAGACAUGGAACAAGAAAGACUCGAAUGAUCAAGCACUUUUCAUUGAACGCGAUGGAGAGAUCUUCCGACAUGUCCUUGCGUACAUGCGAGACCUCAAGGUGAAGCUCCUGACAAAGAUGGCCAAGAGAGCUGUACUCAAGGAACUGGAGUACUUUGGUUUUCAAAACGUCGACGAGGAUGCCGUCGAAAGCGGUGUUUCACGCGGGGAAGCGGCCGCAAUGAUUGUUGCGACCGGAAAUAACCACACCAAGCGGGUGCGCGAACUGAAGCUUAUGCAAUUCUGCGAGAUAUUGGCAUUCGAGUUCUUCAAUCGGUAUUGUGGUGAUGGUGAUCUCCAAAUGCAGACGCACAUGGAGGACAUGCUCGAAUUGGGAGCGCCAGAAAUCAGCCUUCAUAAUUGGGACGAGUCCAUCUUUUGCAAGUGCCUUGCUGAGUACGGUUCCAAGGCUCAUCCUAAUACAUGCUUUGAUAGUGAUGGUUUCAUGAGCGUCGAGUUGGAGCGAUUGUACUAG